AUUAGAUUACGAAAUCAUCGUUGCUCGAAUAUUUCCCCGUCCGCUGUGCGUCGACUCCGACUGCUCGUGUGUUCGCCCGCCGCCGCCGAUUCCUAUCCAUCUCGCGAGCGAGCAGGGGCGCCGUCGUUCGUCCUGCUGCUUCCGCCGCAUCCAUCCUGUGCUAAAGUUUGUACCUUGCCUUGGAACAUUAGUCAUGGAGAGUCAGAGAAUGACCUGGCUCUACGAUCGUCACCACUCCUUGAAACAUAAUAAAGCUGAAAGACAAGCCAUUCUAUCAACUUAUAGAUUAGCAAAACGUCCAAAUCUCUCUUCAGAAGGUAUGAUUGGCGAAAGUUGCAUUGUGAGGACAAAUUGUUUCAGUGUUCAUCUGGAGUCUUUGGAUGAUCAGACUAUCUAUGAAUAUGAUGUAUGUGUCACUCCUGAGGUUGGAAUCAAUCGUGCUGUUAUUAGAGAGUUGGUAAAACAGCAGAAAGAUUCUGGUUUGGGUGGCCGUCUUCCUGCCUAUGAUGGAAGGAAGAGGCUAUACACAUCUGGUCCAUUGCCAUUUGAUUCACAUAGAUUUCUUGUUCUGCUGGAUAGUAUUGAAGACAGUCCUGAAGAGUCAAGGCACUUGAGAGUGAGAGAUUUUGUGGUCACUUUAAAAUUUGCUGCAAAAAUUUCCUUAUGGACUUUACGCAAGUUCCGUGGUGGGAAGCCAAACCGAGAAAGUCGAGCGGCCCUGCGAGCACUUGACGUUGUUCUAAAGGAAUUACCCACUGCAAGGUAUACCCAAUUUGCUGGUUCAUUUUACUCACCUAACUUAGGAGAAUGCCGACAAUUGUGUAAGGUCUUGGAAAGCUGGCGUGGUUUUCACCAAAGAAUACAAGCUACUCAGAUGGGACUUCAACUGAAUAUCGACGUGUCAUCAUCAGUGUUCAUCAAGCCUGUACCUGUGGUUGACUAUGUUGCACAGCUUCUUAACGAGGACAUCUUAUUAGACAGACCAUUAUGUAGCACUGAGUUCUUGAAGAUUAAGGAGGCUCUAGAAGGUCUGAAGGUUCAGAUUAAUGGCAUUUUGUUCAACACAUAUCAUGUACAAGACCUUGUCCAUCAAGCAGCAAGUUUUCCAGUUAACUUUAGUAUUCAGUACCCAUCUUUGCCUUGCUUGAAAGUGGCUCAUUUUGGGGAGACAAUAUUUCUGCCAUUGGAGGUCUGUAAAAUUGCUGAGGGACAAUGUCACCAGAAACAGCUCAAUGCAAAACAUAUGGCUGCUCUUCUUCAGGUAGCUCGACAGCCCCCUAAUGAGCGUGACUACAACAUUCUGCAGACUGUGCAUCAGAACAAAUACCAGGAGGACCCACAUGCUAAAGAGUUUGGCAUUAAAAUUGAGGAAAAACUUGUAUCAAUUAAAUCUCGCAUCCUACCUGCUCCUUGGCUUAAAUUCCAUGACAGUGGCGAGACGACAGAAUUCUUGCCACAACUUGGCAUAUGGAAUAUGAUGCAUAAGAAAAUGAUCAAUGGUGGGAGAGUGAAAAGCUGGGCAUGUGUUAACUUUUGCUGGAGUGUACGGGAGUAUGCUGCUAGGAAUUUCUGUUAUGACCUUGGCUUUAUGUGCCGAGAAUCUGGGAUGGUCUUUUCAGUUAAACCUGUGCUUCCUCUAGUGAUUGCUAAACCUGGAUGUGUAGAAUCUGCACUCAGGACACUUCAUGACGAUGUCAUGGACAUACUUAGACCACAGGGCAGAAAACUUGACCUGCUGAUUGUAAUAUUGCCUAACAACAAUGGAUCUCUUUAUGGUGAUGUCAAAAGAAUAUGUGAGACAGAUAUUGGACUGAUCUCUCAAUGUUGUCUUGCAAAACAUGUUCUUAAGAUGAACAAGUGGUAUCUUGCAAGCGUUGCCCUUAAAAUCAAUGCUAAGAUGGGCGGAAGAAAUACUGUACUGGUUGAUGCUUUAGAAAUGAGACUCCCCCAUGUUAGGGAUACACCAACUAUUGUAUUUGGUGCUCAUGUCACCCAUCCACAUCCAGGAAAAGCUAAUAGUUCUUCCAUUGCUGCUGUUGUUGCUUCUCAAGACUGGCCCGAGGUUACCAAGUAUGCUGGUUUAAUCAGUGUGCAAGCGUGCCACCAGGAGUCAAUACAAGGUCUUUUUAAAGUCCAGGAUGAUCCGGAAAGAGGAACCACAACUAGCGGAAUGAUCAAAGAGCAUCUCAUGUCUUUCUAUCGAGCCACUAAACGGAAGCCCGGAAGGAUUAUAUUUUACAGGGAUGGUGUGAGCAAAGGACAGCUCCCUCAGGCUUUGAUGCACGAACUUGGUGCCAUCAAAAUGGCGUGUGCAUCUAUGGGACCCGAUUAUAAUCCAUUAGUUACAUACGUGGUGCUCCAGAAGUGUCGCCAUACACGUCUGUUUGCUGACUACUAUAAUGCGAAUACUCAUGAUUCAACUGCAAACAUACGGGCUGGUACUGUGGUUGAUUCAAAUAUUUGCCAACCAAAUCAGUUUGAUUUCUACUUGUGUAGCCACCGCAGCACGCAGGGAACUAAGCGGCCCAGGUAUUAUCAUGUUCUGUGGGACGAGAACGACUUCUUGGCUGGUUCUUUCCAAGAGCUCACAAACUACCUCUGCUACACCUCCGCAACUUGCACCCAAUCCAUAUCAGUUGUGGCCCCUGUGCACUACGCUCGUCUUCUGUCAUCACGAGCUCGAUGUUACAUUAAACCACGCUCGAUUGGCGAUUCAACGAGCCACACCUCCUUGCCUUCUGAAGAAGAUAGCAGCGCAGCCUCAGAGACUGGCAGUCUUCUUCCUAUAAAGGAUAAUUUGAAAGGGGCCAUGUUUUUCUGCUAGAACUGCUGCCAGCAAGAUCUGCUGUCAUUUUGUACGUGGUCUGUACAGUCCCACAGUUCUUGGUAGAUUUGACUGAGCAGUCAAAACUCAUUAUCGUUCAGCGAGAUUCAGGUGUAGCAGCUGUAGGAUUACUGAUAAACAUUGUUCCUGUACCGAUACUUUAGAAGAAAUGAAUUAAUUAUAUCUUAGAACAGCAUGAGUAUGUUACAGAUUAGUGGUUUCACAUUUAACAUUUUGUGAGUCUAUUGAUUUGUUAUCUUUUUUAUGUA